AUGGCCAGUGUCGGUGCCACCGCAAGAGAAACAAAUCUGCACCGGCGCCGUGAGAGUGCGCCUCCCCUGACCCGGAACAUAACCUCAAACGGGGCUAGUUCUGCACGUGACGAAGCGUAUGUGGAUGCGCUGAAUAAGUUCAACGAGUGGCGAGCCAAGCAGCGAUUGGAUCGCAUCAGCGAGGGAUGUCCAGUGGAGCCAAUCGAUAGGCGAAUCCCGAGUGUGAUUGAAGAAGAGAAAGAAUCGGAAGGAGGAGUUCUAAGUGACUUUAGCUCGGACGUAGAGAUCAAUAGCGAAGAACGAAGGGCACUUAGCCGUAAGUCGGAUGUACCGAAAAGUCCACGAUACACAAGACACCGGCAAGAUACGGGAGUCCCGAAAAAGCCGAAACGAUCCGUAGAAUUCUACAGAAACAUCAACCGAAUACCGGAGCACGGCGAGUCAAGCCUAAACAAUGGCAAAUGCGUCAAUGUGAACGAGAGAUUUUCGCUGCCGACAGUGAUGCCAUCGAGUGUCCCGCGAAGAAGCAAAACAAGACUAUCGAAACCCAAUAACAAUAACACAAUCUACGAGAAUGAGGUUGAAGAGUUCGAACAAAUGCAUGUUCGCGAUAAUUUAGGUGACACCUACGCUAUUCAGAGUCCACCAAGCAAAUUCUACAAAGACAAUUCCAGUCCCUAUCACAACACAAGCCCUGCCUGUCACAGCAAUCCUACGAUAGUCGAUGCUACCCCAAAGAAACAAACCAACCUCCUCCAAAAAGCUUCCCGAUAUCGUAGCUUCAAAGAUAAACCCGCUCCACAACCUCCUAUGGCGACCGUCGCAGAACAACCUCAACCCACACCACCCAAUCGAGCCAACAAAUCCAGCUCCGAGUCCCCAUUUGCCGGGUCCUACCGCAAAUACGACCUUAACUCAUCGUCCAUCUACGACGAGAAUGUAAUCUCCUCCCGGGGCUACCGAGGCUCCAUGAAGCCCCUCAACUCUACCAUGCAAUCUCCGGCCUCCAAAGAACCCCGCCGGAAGUCUCCCUCCUACCAAACCAUCGUCAACAAGCACGGAGACCUGGUCGAUUACGCCCUACCCUUUAGCGACACAACCGACACCCAGUCGGAACUCAACCACUCCAAAACGACGGGCGACCUGCUCAGCGACAUCCGUGCUUGCGAAGAGGUCAUCAACGAAAACUUUCGAUUCCUCAACAGCGAUCUGCUACCCGCAAGUUUUGUCCUCGACGACACCACCAGCCUGAUCACCGAACCCAUCAGCGUCCUCAAAGAGCGGGCACCUCAAAUCGUAACAGACCUGGACCGUUCCAACCAGAGUACCAUCAAGGAAGACCAUCAAACCCACAUAGACGACGUGGACCUAGUGAUUCACGAACCCCAGGACAUCCUCAUGGAACUGGACUCCCUUGAAAAAUGGAGCAAAUCCAUCCAAAUCUCGGAUGACUUCCUCCAAAAACAGUUCGCUGAACGCAACCUUCUCGAAUUCUUUAAAAGCUCAUCCACCCAUAUUCUAACCACGACCCCGAAGGAGGUCCAUUACCGGGUGGGGUCACUUCGAAGCAGCUUCCUAGCGCCGCUAGAAUUUUCCUGUGGACUAUUUCGCCAAACUCCGGUUACCCUGCGCAAGUACUCCCUAAAUGUCGAACGAAGUCUGUACUUUGCCGAGGAGGCCUGCAAACGAGACUUCGAGCUACUGAACCAGAUCAAGCACUACGGAGUCGCCUCGCUGAUGGCCGUAUGCUACGAUGCCGGGCUGAAUCAGGCUACUCUGGUGCUGGAACCGUUCGAUUUUACUCUCUUCGAUUACAUUCAUAAAAUGAACAAACGCCUCUCACUAUUGCACGCCAUCACCGCGGUGCAGCAAAUUUCCUCGGCCGUUUCGUUCCUGCAAGAGUGCGGCUACAUCCACUCGAACAUCUCCAGCGGCAGCGUUCUGAUGCGCAAGUACCCCUACACGGUGAAGCUGACCUCGUUCGAGCUGACCACCGAAGCUUCCGAUGAAGUUCGGAAAGAAAUCGAAAACCGUUAUGGCAGUACCUCUUCUUCAAGGAAUUCGAUGACCUCGUCCCAAAACGAGGAAAUUAAAAAGAUUCACUCGUACUCGAGGUUGAUCAAGAACGACGAACAGUUUCUGCGGGACAAGUAUCGGAAGCUGUCGAAGGAAGUCUCCGAUAGUCGGAAAGGUCCAGUUGGGUCGAUUGGGGAUCAUGGAGGGUACGAUUGUCAAGCCAGUCGCUACCUGCCGUAUUGUAAGGAGUAUCGGGAGAAGUUCUCGCUGUACUACUACGUGGCUCCGGAGCUUCUGGUUCCGAAGUCGAACUUUGUUUUUCCUACCAAGAGUACCGAUGUCUACUCGUUGACGCUGUUGUUGUGGGAAAUUCUGAACGGUUAUGUUCCGUUUGUGGUUUACAGCAGACAGGAAUUGGAAAAGCUGCAGAUUUCUGCAAACGUUCAACUGCCUAUAUUUGAGAAGGAACGCUGCGAACGCUUUCGACAGAUUUUCAACAUCGGUUUGGCCGAUUUGAAUGGUAGGAAGUUAACCGUUGUUGAUAUAAUCGAUACCCUCGAAUGUCUGUUGUUGGAGCAAGGUUCCGAUAAAAAUGCUUACUCAAAUGGGUUUACCGAGGAUUAUGAGGAGCAACAGAAUAGUUCGGAGAUUCGGAAGAAGAACGAGCUCAAUGACAUUCGUAAACAAAGUGCGUUGGAAAAGACGGAUAAGAUUUACUUCCAGUCGACUCCUAUUGGUGCAGACACCACAGCAAAAUCAAGUCCUUCAACGCACCCAGAAGAAGUUAAAACCAAGCCAACCAAGCAUCAACCAAAGAAACCGGCGCGUAAAAUAAAUAAAGCAAAACUAGCUAAAGAAACACCCGAAGACAGCAAAGUAAAAAAAUCACCGUUUGGUUCGAGCUUCAACUUGUCCAACUCGGCAAUUUAUCAGACAAUAUUUGACUUCAACAACAAGUUCCUGUCACCACGACCGUCCAAACAGGUGGUGUACGAACGUACAAGCACAGUCAAAAAGCACAAGAAGCCAGCACGUUUGAACAAAGUGGCAGCAAAAGAACUGUUUGAACCAAUCAACGUCGGUGACAGCACUGGCAGCUUCCACAAACUGAGCAGCGCAGAUUCGAAGACCAAUCUGCUACAGGAAACAGCGAGCGUAUCGGAUGACAAGAGAAAACAAAUCAUAGCACCCCUGGAAACUUACAGCAAAGAAAGCCCGGCUAAACUGAACAUCAACAACAACAAAGCCAAAAUCCUGAAAGAAGUCGUUAUGAACACCGAAUCUUCCUACGAUCGCACAAACGAGAAUCUUCACGCCGAUGCGUCCCAAUCCUGCGAUAGUCUCCCGGGCAGCAAACGAAGCAAGAAUCGUUCCUCGAAGCUAUCGAAUUCUCUCCGAUACAUCAUCGGUGAUAUCACGCUGCCCGAUACUCCAAUCGCCCGGAAGAACAAAAUCCGCAAGCACGCUUGGCUCUCGGACCAGAAGCUGGUGAUCACGGACGAUAAUACUUCCACACCCGUUACACCACAGACCCGGCGAGCGUGUUCCUUCUUCAACGAUCUCGAUAACCAUGGUGGUGACAGCCGGUAUCUGGACGCAACGACUACUCCGUUAAACUUGAACAUUUCAGCCUCCAUGCAGGACAUCAAACCGAAAAAAAUCAACAUCAGUGUCAACAUUAUCAAGAAUUCGGAUCAUAGUGGAAGUAAGCUUAAAGCCCAGAGUCAAGAUUUCGACCUUGCCCUCGAUACACCUUUGGGUCCAGAGGACAGCAAAAAAUCGGAAUCCGUCAACAACAUCUUCGAGGGAACGCUUUGGAAGAAGGAAAAGGAGAUUUGCGAACGCUCCCGUCUCACCCAGUCCGCCGACAGUCUCGAUGGGGAUCAGUCUGAUGAGUCCGACAAUGUCAUUACGGCACACCUCACGUCCGUACGGGAUGCCGUUCGGAAGAUCGAAACUACCUUCGAAAACACCGGUUUCGACUACAGCCCCAUUCGUAAGCUGGACUCCGCUAAGAAACAUUCCGAAAGUAAGAGAAUUUGUGAAGAAAGUUUGGUCGUCGAAGAGAGUCUUCUCAUUCCGACGAAAAUCUUGGAGCUUGAAAAAACCAUUGAACAGCAUCCGAUGCCCGAGGAACCCAAAAUAGCAGUUUCUCGACUGGACGUGAUGCUGACAAACAACACGUUAAAGAAAAAGGAAGAACUACUUUCAAACUGCCAACAGACGCCUCAACUUCCACUAUCGGAUCAGAGACCUUUCAACCCCAACUCCCAGCUAUUCAUGCGACGAAAAGCCACCAAUACCGGUAGUAGCGUGAUCCAACGUACAGUCUACCGCGAAAGUAUCGUCUCCAGUACCGAUCUCCCGGGACUGGACACCAUGAACCCUUCACAAUCCUGCAGCACCCCUCUAGGCAGCGCCCGCAAAAAGAAACUCACCACUCGAGUAACGGUCAACAUGCGCAAAAUCUCUCGCCGCGCCUCCGACAUCGGUGGCAACAGCCCGGCCUCCACUCGGCCAAACUCUCUCAACCUAGAAGAAGACCUACCCCAUUCCGGGUGCAUAACUCCAACAAACGGGGGAGCAGCGGCACAGAUACGGCAUUCCUGCGCCCCGGAACUGUUGAAAGCGUUUGCCAAGCUCCGGCUGAUGCAACACCAGCAGCAGCAGCAGCACAACAGCGGUGGAGAGGAAUCGGCUGGUGUUUCGCGAAGUUCCAGCGUUAAUGAGGAACGGGCUCCGGUUGAUGGGCGACGGAGUAUCUGUACCCCGAUUAAGCUGACCGGGAGCCGGGAGAAGAUGGUGUGCUGCAACUGCGGUGGCACAAUGGUUUCAGCCGAUAGUUUGAAUGUGCCCCCAGGCAGCCGCAUCGGUAUGAGCUCCGCAUUCCCCCGUGAGAGCAUCGCCUCAAUGUUCGAGGACAACCUAGGAUUCCUGCCGCACCCCCACCAGGGUCCCGUAGUUCCGGGAACUCCGCUCAGCCGCCACGCCCUUGCAGCUAUUCAGAACGCAAAAUCCACGGAAGAUCUGUACAUCGACGACGACUUCUGCCAGGGCCUUAACCUGGGCGCCAACAUGGAGCUGGUGGAGUUCGUGGACGACGGCCACUAUCUCGAUGAGUUCGGGUACGAUAUCUGCACCAUGGAGGAGAUCUACGACGACGAUGUGGAGGGCGAACCGGAUCGGGAAAUCCAGGCAAUGGAGAUGGAGAACGGCGAGGAACAAUUUUUGUCCAAAUGUGCCGCCAUGAAUCCUAGCUGUAUCGAUGCGAUUGGGUCGGUGUUUUCCCCGAUGCGGCCCUCCUCGAUGGAGUUCGAUCAUCUUUUCGUUGAAGGGGUCGAUGCGGAGCAGCAAAAAUUAGAACAAUAGCGGAGGAAGGAGGUUUUUACCUUGAGUGAUUAUAUAUUUUAGAGCUACGUUUUUUAUAUACCUAUAUAAUGUUGUUACAAACAAGCUCGUUGAGCAAACGUAUACAAAGUAUUUAUAUUACUUAAAUUUCCUAGAAAUGCACUGAACUUAAGCAGCAAUAGUUGAAAAGAAGAAAAAAGUAUUUAUAGCCCUACAGUAUUUGAAAUGGAUUUGGUCCUGGACAGUGAAGAAACAAUCUAAAAAAAACUUAAACAUGGUGAUAACAUAAUUUAUACAGCAAUUCGUUUCACAUUUUCAAGAGAUUUUUUCGCAGAUAUCCUUGAUAUAAGAUACCAAAUAUUUAUAGAAAAAUAACAUCCAACAUCGUAUUUAUUACCAUAUGAGCGAGCAACAAAAAGUGAAAUAAAUAUUUUCUACUGUUA